UGUACCUCUUUGGGGGAUGGCCCCCUCCCCCCUGGCUCUGUAGUGUGGAGAAGAAGGUGGCCUGCAGGGGAUCAGUCUGGCCAUGUGGCGUGGCCAGAGCCCAUGUGCUCAGCAAGCACCGGGUGCCGGAGGCCCCAUUGCCCGAGCAGCGUCACCAGCAGGAGUCCCUCUUCUCUCUGCAGAUUCACCAAUGCCCCAGGUCAUCGAGCAGGGGGACCCAGAUCCCAGCCGAAUGCAGAGGCCGCAGGGGAACCCGCUGCUGCUGUCCUGCACCCUGCAGGAGCUGCUGGCCAGGGACACGGUGCAGGUGGAGCUCACGCCGGAGAAGAAGGGGCUGUUUCUCAAGCAUGUGGAAUAUGAGGUCUCCAGCCAGCGCUUCAGGUGCUCUGUGUACAGACGGUACAACGACUUUGUGGUCUUCCAUGACACGCUGCUACACAGGUUCCCGUACCGCAUGGUGCCCGCCCUCCCACCCAAGAGAGUGCUGGGAGCGGACAGGGAGUUCAUCGAGGGCCGGAGGAGAGCCCUGAAGCGUUUCAUCAACCUGGUGGCCCGGCACCCGCCCUUCUCCGAGGACGUCCUCCUCAGGCUCUUCCUGUCCUUCAGUGGCUCGGACGUGCAGAACAAGUUGAAGGAGGCAGCCCAGGGUGUGGGAGACGAGUUCCUGAGCUGUAAGCUGGCCACCAGGGCCAAGGACUUCCUCCCGGCCGACAUCCAGAGCCAGUUCUCCGUGAGCCGGGAGCUGAUCCGGAACGUGUACCACAGCUUCUACAAGCUGCGUGACCGCGCCGAGCGCAUCGCGACCAGGGCCAUUGACAAUGCUGCCGACCUGCUCAUGUUCGGGAAGGAGCUGAGUGCCUUGGGGUCCGACACCACCCCGCUGCCGUCCUGGGCCGCUGUGCACCUCAGCACAUGGGGCUCCUUGAAGCAGGCGCUGAAGGGCCUGUCUGUGGAGUUUGCGCUGCUGGCCGACAAGGCCGCUCAGCAGGGUAAGCAGGAGGAGGACAAUGUGGUGGAGAAGCUGAACCUUUUCCUGGAUCUGCUCCAGUCCUACAAAGACCUGUGCGAGCGGCACGAGAAAGGCGCGCUGCACAAGCACCAGCGUGCCCCGCACAAGUACGGCCUGAUGAAGAGGCAGGCCGCGAGCCCCACGCACAGCCGCGAGCCCGAGUCUGUGGAGCAGCUGGAGUCGCGCAUCGUGGAGCAGGAGAACGUGAUCCACAGCAUGGAGCUCCGGAACUACUUCUCCCUGUACUGCCUGCACCAGGAGACGCAGCUGGUCCACACCUACCUGCCCCUCACCUCGCACAUCCUCGGGGCCUUCGUCAACUCUCACAUCCAAGGCCACAAGGAGAUGAGCAAGGUGUGGAACGACCUGAAGCCGAAGCUCAGCUGCCUCUUUGCUGGACCACACGGUGUACUGACACCUCCCCAGUCCCCGCAGGAGGACGGCCUGUGUCCCCGCUAGUGCCCGAGGCCUGCAUGGAGCUCCCUGCGGCCUCACUAAAACCUCUUUGCAAAUGGUGUGUCCCUGGCCGAGUCCCUUCAGAUGACAGAUGGGCCCCAGGGGCUGAAGCAGAGGCCUGCU